CGUAUAACGUAAGUACGUACAACGUAACGCACAUUUGCGUCUUGCUUCGCCGUUGCAAGUUGGAAGAGGCCAGAUAAGUUGCCACUGGUGAGAGCCCGCUGCUGGUCAACCUGACCCAUCAUGUAUCGUCCUAAACCAACUCUGAAGGACCGACAGCACCUGUACAAGCUCAUCAUCAGCCAGCUGCUCUACGAUGGAUACACCAACAUCGCUAACAGUCUUGUCAAUGAAGUCAAACCGCAGAGUGUCGUGUCUCCCUCUGAGCAGCUGAUGCAGCUGGCAAAGAUCGGGAUGGAGAACGAUGACAGUGCAGUUCAGUAUGCCAUUGGGCGCUCAGAUACAGUGGCGCCUGGUGUGGGUAUUGAUCUGGAAUUUGAUGCAGAUGUCCAGACCAUGUCUCCAGAGGCAUCAGAGUAUGAGACCUGCUAUGUGACAUCCCAUAAGGGUCCGUGCCGCGUCGCUUCAUACAGUCGUGAUGGCCAGCUGAUAGCCACUGGCUCUGCUGAUGCUUCCAUCAAGAUCCUGGACACUGAACGCAUGCUGGCCAAGAGCGCCAUGCCUAUCGAGGUGAUGAUGAAUGAGACAGCACAGCAAAACAUGGAGAAUCACCCUGUGAUUCGAACACUGUAUGACCAUGUAGACGAAGUCACCUGCCUCGCCUUCCACCCGACUGAACAGAUUCUAGCUUCUGGCUCAAGAGAUUACACCCUCAAACUCUUUGACUACUCAAAGCCCUCUGCUAAAAGGGCAUUCAAAUAUAUACAGGAAGCAGAAAUGCUGCGAUCAAUCUCCUUCCACCCUUCAGGUGACUUCCUCCUGGUGGGAACACAGCACCCCACCCUCCGCCUUUAUGAUGUCAACACCUUCCAGUGCUUUGUGUCGUGCAACCCACUGGACCAGCACACAGACACCAUCAGCGGCGUCAGCUACAACCCCUCCGCCAACAGCUAUGUCACCUGCAGCAAGGACGGCAGCAUCAAGCUGUGGGAUGGCGUCUCCAACCGCUGCGUGACAACCUUUGAGAAGGCCCAUGACGGAGCUGAGGUCUGCUCUGCCAUCUUCUCCAAGAACUCCAAGUACAUCCUGUCCAGUGGCAAAGACUCCGUGGUCAAAUUGUGGGAGAUUUCGACAGGCCGAACGUUGGUCAAGUACACAGGGGCAGGGUUGAGCGGCCGUCAGAUGCAUCGUACACAGGGCGUGUUCAACCACACAGAGGACUACGUGCUGCUGCCCGACGAGCGCACAAUCAGCCUCUGCUGCUGGGACUCGCGCACAGCCGAGAGGAAAAACCUGCUGUCUCUGGGACACAAUAACAUCGUCCGAUGCAUUGUCCACUCGCCCACCAAUCCCGGCUUCAUGACCUGCAGCGACGACUUCAGAGCCCGCUUUUGGUACCGCCGCACCACCACAGACUGAGACACGGCCAGUCCCCAUGUUUGUACUCUGCCUCUUCUUCAACACCACCUUACCUGCUCUCAGAGAACCAGACUGGAUGCUGUCUCCAUGAUCUCACUGAACUCAUGCUUUUCUCCUGAUCUGUGGUGUCCUUUACUUUGAUUUCAUUUGAAGCUGUGCAGUGGAAUUUUAGAAAGUGUUGUACCAUCUUAAGAGUGAAGAAUGAGGGAACUUUUUCCAUUUUUGAUAACACUGUGAACUUCAUUUACUGCUCAGAAACUUCAGUUGUAACUCAGUUUGUCAGUUUUGUGUUGUAGAUGACAGCGGAGUCUUAGUCUUUUUCACUUUUAUAUUUUGUUGUUUCCUUUGCUGUAAUUCAGAUUUUUAUUAAACAAUUUACAGUAG